CUUUUUUACAUCUAAGAAAUGAUGCGGGUAGCAUCCGGAUCAUCACAUCGUUUUAAGCAUGAAACAAAGUACAAUUCUGAGAGUUCUCUUUUCAUCCCAUUCAUAUAUGCAUGUGAUUUAUUUCUCUGAUUUAUGAAACUUCAACAGUUAUCAGUUCUAUUACAAAUAUCGCGCGAGUAUAAUUAGAGCGUUACGUAGAAGGGUGUUUCCAUCUUAUUUCGCAAACUUCUUGCUUUACGAAAGGAAGUUGGAUAUUUCAACAUCAAAUAAAAAAAGGCUUCACUUUUUCAUUCAUUUAACUCAAAUAUUAGUGUUAUAAUAUCCAUUGGGAUAUUACGUUUUCUAAAUACUUGUUUUGAAAUAAGAGAGGGCGAAGUAUACGUGAAAGACGAACUGGAAGACGGUAUAAAAAUAUUCGUAACUGUAAUCAGUUGUUUGUUGGUUGAGAUUGAAGACUAGAGGAAAAGUACUUUAGUUUAUUAUUUUAGAAACAUUUCCGAGAGAAUAUAAUGCUUCAUUGCUUAGUACUCUGGUUGAUUGCAGUGAAAUGCAUUGCUGAGAAUCAAGGAAAUUCAGAAUCCCUAUCCAACAAUGAUCCUAUUAAAGGAAUAGCAAAGGCAGCUUGCAACUCAUCGGACUCUUCACAAAUUGAAGAAGCAGCCAACUCCAUGUUUGAAGAGUAUUGGCAAAUUUUUCUGAUGAUGAAUCCUGAUUAUGCAACUGCACUUGGGGAUCAAAGAUAUGAUAACAAGCUCGGCAGCUACAGUUUGGAAUCUAUUGAGAAGAUGAAGGUGAUAAUAGAAGAUUUCAUAGAACGGGCCAACCGCAUGUUGCAACGGGCUGCUGAAGGAAGCGAAACUCAGAACAAUCUUGAACUGUUCACAACAAAUCUUGAAUAUAGAUUAGGUCAAUUUACGGAAGGAAGUUACUUAUUCCCAAUAUCCAAGCUAUCAACCCCUGAAAAGAAUCUGCGUUCUCUCAUACAAUAUAUGACCCUUAAUAGUACUCAACAGUUCCGGAAUUUGAUCGCUAGAUAUCGAGCCGUACCUAACCAAGUAAGUGAUUCAUU